CGUGACAGUACUUGGAUUUCUUCAGUAGGGUCUUGCAAAUAUGUUUUAAAGAAAUACAGUAAAAAUACUAUUUUAAAGCAUUCGGAAUACAAUGACCAGCGCCAAGAAAACCGAUGAAAUGAAUCGUUCCAGGAGGAAACGAUUGGAGGACAGUUACCGCCAGAACAUGAGGAUUAUGCGCAGACUGACCGCCCGACAGGCGACUGCCAUGGAUCUCGAACUGUGCGCCAAGUGGAUGAACGUGUUUAGACGAGCUACCAAGGAGGAGCGCAGGGCGAAGGACUACCUCGUGGAGCUGAUUCUUCGCCAGCUGCGGGAAACGGGCCACCUGUCGCUGCCCUUCACCAACCUGGCAAACUGCAGUCUGGACCUUCGCCUGCUCCUGGACGAGGAGGGACGUCAACGGCUGCGUCGCAUCAGUCCGCGUCAGGUGGUGGCCCCGAUGCCGUCGAGCAGCAGCCUGACCAGGAGGCGGCUUAAGUCGUCUUCGUUUGAGUGGAGACGAAGGAUGCGACACCUGGACCAUCUGGAAGACCAGUACUGGCGUGAGGAACAGGAAGUGUGGAGCUUGCAGCAGCCACCCGCGAAGUGUCUUAAGCCGAAGCCGCUGGCCACAGUGUCGAGACAACGGAAACGCGUCAAGACGAUCGGCGUUCAGGCGGAUGUCCCACUGCUCACGCCACGGGCUGAACGUGAUCUCUGCGAGCGCGAGCGAAAACAGCAGGAAAUCCUGAAGCGCCGGGAACGGGAUCGCGCGCAGCGGCAGCUUAGGGAGCAGGAGCGAGAACGUCAGAGGACUCGGCUGGCCAAACAGCAGAUGCUGGAAAGGCAGCGCCUGGAUAAGGCGCGUCAACUGCGCGACCGACAAUUGCGGGAGCAGCAGAUAAAAGUCAAGGAGCGGCGCGACCACGAGCGCCAUUUGUUGUUGAAAAAGCGAAAUGAGCGGCGUCAGCAAGACCAGUGUUCGUGGGCCCAGCGGCGCCCCAGUACACCUUCAUUUCAGUAUGUGGAAAUUCAGCAGAGAGCGAGUCUAGAGCCGAAACCAGACGCUCGACAUGACCACGAACAAGAUACCAGCCACUUGUCCCAAACGACCAGCAACACUACCCAAAGUGCGAGACGGAUGCAGCAGUUGCACCUUCGGACGGAAAACAUCAGGCGGAAAGUGCUGGCUUAUGAACAGCUUAAAAAAUAUCAUCGGGAGAGGGCGCAAGUUGAACGGUUGCGGUUGGACGGGAAUGCGGAGGGGAAUAGCCAAGAGCAGCAGAACAAAGAAUACAGGAAUCUACAAAUUAAUGUAACAGAAAGAAAAAACCUUAAACAAAAGAAUGUGGAGAAACAAAUAGAAACCGACCAAAGAAAAGAAUUUAAAGAAAAAAGUAAAAAUAUUUGUAAUAGGUUAAGCCAGCGACAGGAGAGAGAAGACUUUGAACAAAGAAAUUGCCCAAUAAUAGCAGAAACCGAGCAUAAGGAGGAAUUUUGUAGGAAGAGGCAGGUGGAGACUUGUGAACGCAAGGGAAAUGAUCAAAUUGAUCGGCAGGAUCAGAACAAUAGGAAGGAAAUUGAGAGAAAGCGGGAACAGGAGGCUAACAUCAUUAAAGAACGGCAGGAAAGAGAAGAGUUUGAAAGAAAAGUUCUGCAAAAACUAGAAACCGAACGAAGAGAACGGAAAGAGUUCGAAAGAAAUAAGCAAGAGGAGCUCAGGAUUCUGAAGGAACGUCAGAAAAAAGAAGAGUUUAAACGAAGAGAAUUGGAAAAAAAAUUAGAAGCCGACCUAAAAAAAAAGGAAGAAUUGGAAAGACAGCGAGAAGAUAAACUUAAAAAACUCCCAGAUAAAGAGUUUGAGAGAACAUUUUUUGAAAAACUAGAAGCCGAUCGAAAAAUACGGGAGGAAUUCGAAAGACAAAGGCAGGAAGAACUCAAAAAUCUUAGCGAACGCCAGGAAAAAGAAGAGUUUGAAAGAAAAGAAUUAGAGAACAAGCUGGAAGCUGAGCAAAAACAGAAGGAAGACAUACAAAAAUUGCGAGAAGAGGAUUUGAAGUGUCUCAAUUCACUCCAAAGCAGAGAAGAAUUUGAAAGACAAGUUUUGGAAAAACUAAAAGCCGAACGAAAAGAAAGAGAAGCAUUCGAAAGAAAGACCUGCGAGGAACGUGAGCAAGAGAAAAAAAUUGACGACCUUAAAAAAAAAUUCAAGGACUUACAAGAGCGAGAUGCAGAGUGGAAUGAGCCACAACUUAAACAGACACUCGAUACAAAAGAGCAAGAAGAUUGCGAAAGAAUCACUAGGGAAGAAGAAAGACUUGAAGAAAGGCUGUUGGAUAAACUUAAACGCAGCAAAGUGGAAAGAGAAGCACGGGAGAGAAAGAAAUGGGAAGAUGAUCUGCAAAGAGAAAAGAUCCUUAGAAAGUGGCUUCAAAAGCAAGAGCACAAGGAAAACAGGGAAAAAGAAGAACGCGAGAAACUUGAAAGGAAAAUUAAGGAGAGCAUAACUAAAGAUGGUAAUAGGCGCUCGGAAAGAAAGGGGGCUGAGGGAAAUUCCCGAGAGGAACUCGAUCGAUUACCAAGGGAAGGACAGGAAAAAAAAAAGGUGGAAAAAGAAAGCCCGAAAAAUGUCGCACUCAAUUCCGUUUGGAAACAAGACGAAGAGGAGCUCGAUCGACGUUACCCAGUAAGCCCGAAUCAGGAGGAGAUAGAGAGGGAUAUAAGAAUCCAGGAGAUAUCACAGAGUGGGGAAACAGUGCUCAUGAUGCAAUGUGAGGCAAGAAAGGUGGCGAAGGUGCUGCAGGGGCACCUAAUAAGUCGACUAGGAGAUCACAGGGCAGGAGUAGGACAUUUGGAUGAAAAGGAAAAGGACUUAAAGAAAGUUGCAAGCGAAAGAAAAUCACAAAGCUGGACGGAGAAUGGGUCUGUGGAGAAUACCCCCGAAGACAUGAUGAAACUAGGGCUAACUGGCAAAGAUGUGACGAACGUUAAUCGAAAUUGUCAGCAACUAGAAGGCGAUCGUUAUGAGAAUGCCAAAGUCCGAUUAAAAGAGCUCCAAGAAAGGAACAGCAGGAUAAUUCAGCAAGUGCAGGAAAAGUUUCAGGUGCUUGAGAAGCUGCGGUUGGAAGCAGGAGAAUUGGAAGCUCAAAAUCCUUUCAGCACGCGUUACAAGCUACUGUCUUCAAAGAAGCUUAAGUCAAAGCACGAGUACUUUCAGACAGGGUCCUCGAAGACGCGUAGCGUUCGAUGUGGUCAUUUUAUUUGGAGUGAAGAGGAGUCCGGAGCAGAGCAUUUUCCCAGUCAGGGUCGGAACGGCGUCAUCCGCUCUAGCAGCGAUAGCGAUGCGAUUCCGGAACCCUGUUACACCCUCGUGGGUACGUACUGUCCACUCAAGAAGACCUACACGGUGAAGCACCAAAGUGCUCCAUUCAUCUCAUAUCAAGACUCAGCGCAGCGGGAAGCCUUCGGUUCCUAUGUACGCAACCGGGUGGGCGAUUGGCGGAAGACGCCACCACCAAGUUCCUACUCUACUGACGAGGCAGGACCGAGCGAGGAACGAGCACUAGGUGAAGACAAGUCAAGUGGCAUUGUCUUGACUUACUGCACACGAACUGGAAAGAAGCGUUUUCCGCAGAUCAAAAAAUCCGAGAUUAACCAGGAUUCUUGCGGGCUGAAGGAGGAUCCGUUGCAGCAGAGACGGGUUUUUGGACAGCUUCUAUCGCAGGCUCGGACAUUCGUUAGCAGUCCGGAAAUAUUGAGCGCGGAGAACUUUCUUCUAGAAAAAAAACUGGUUAGAGCUAAAAACAAAUAUUUGCAGGAGUCAGUUCUGCGAAUGUCAAGGUAUGUCAUAAGUUUAUUCCAGAAUGACGGAAUUAUCGAGAGUUUCGAGGAAGAGAAUGAAUCUCUGGAAAAUAAAAAACUGGAGCAAAUCUAUCUGCAAGAGACCGAUAGCACAUUGCUGUUUCCCAGGCCAAUCUUUAGGACUCUUAUGUUAAUUCUGCUUACAUCCAAGGAGUCCAUUUCGCCCCAUAUCUCGGAAAAAAUUUUAGAUUUUGAAGUCGAGCUGAAGUCUCACCUCAAAAAGAUUUUUAUCCGCGAUUUUGCACGACGGGGUGUUGGAACUCUGAGGAACAAAGCCAAGCACUUGAUGAAUCAACAGCGUCAACUACAAAGCAGCCGCCUGGCCGAGAUAUGUCGCAAUUCCGAGGAGCAGACUUUUGAGUUGUGGAGGCGGCUGGCCAGGAGCAGUGACUCCUUGCGCGGGAUCAGGGAUCUCUUUCGCGAUUGUUGCGACCUGCAUGACCCAAUGUCGUGCGUCGCACUCCAAAGCAUCGAGCGCCUCUACAGGGAAUGGAAGGAUCAGCGGUUUGGUGUGGAUUAGAAACAAUGUUGA